AUGGACUAUGUCGGUCCACUGCCUGCUUCGGGUAAAUUCAGAAAUACGUGCGUACUUGUGAUUACAGACGUAUUCAGCAAGUUCGUCAUCGUUCAACCGUUCCGUCAAGCCACUGCAGAGUCCUUGGUACCGUUCGUGGACAAUAUGGUGUUCCAAAUGUUCGGAGUACCUGAAGUAGUACUCACAGACAACGGGACCCAAUUCGUCUCUAAACCAUUCCAGGAGCUACUGGCGAAAUACCACAUCACCCAUUGGAAAACGCCAAGCUAUCAUCCACAAAUUAACGAUUCAGAAAGAGCGAACCGUGUAAUUGUGACCGCAAUCCGAGCGACCAUUAAGAAGGAUCACAAGGAGUGGUCAAAUAACAUACAAUCUAUUGCCAACGCUAUCAGAAACUCAGUACACGAAGCCACGCGUUACACACCAUUCUUCACGGUUUUUGGAAGAAAUAUGGUUACAGAUGGGCGGGAAUAUAGCCGGUUGCGGGAUACAAAUGCCCCGUAUGAAAGCAUCACCAAUUCGGAGCGAGAAAAGCUUUACUCAGAAGUUAGGGAAAAUUUAAAAGCAGCAUUUCAAAAACACUCUAAGCACUACAAUCUGAGGUCAAAUGCAAAUUGCCCAAAAUACAGCGUGGGUGAGAAGGUUCUAAAGAAAAAUACCGAACAUUCUGAUAAAGGUAAAGGUUAUUGCGCAAAGUUAGCAGCAAAAUACAUUCCAGCCACGGUUAAAAGAAUCGCGGGGGAAAACUGUUACGAAUUGAUGGAUGAUAAAGGGAAAAAGCUGGGAGUAUUCAACUGUAGUUUCCUCAAGAAAUUCAAUAGUAAAGCGUGA